AUGGGGAAAAAGGCUGUUGUUUUCUCAUUCAAUUUGCUAAUAGCACUCCAGCUUUUGCUGCUACCACUCUCCGCUGCUCAAAAUAGAGGUCGAACGGUGACUGUAUUGAGCAUCGAUGGAGGUGGCAUCAGAGGAAUUAUCCCUGGCACGAUUUUAGCCUACCUGGAAUCUAAACUCCAGGAAUUGGAUGGUCCAAAUGCAAGAAUUGCAGAUUAUUUUGAUGUAAUAGCGGGAACAAGCACAGGUGGCCUUAUUGCAACCAUGAUAACAGCUCCUGGAACGGACAAUCGCCCUUUGUAUGCGGCUAAGAAUAUUACAACCUUCUAUCUUGACCACUCACCCAAAAUCUUCCCAAAGAGUAGCCGAGACAACUUUGUGCUUAGGCUAACAAAUUUGAUUGGCGGUCCAAAGUAUGAUGGCAAGUACCUCAAAUCACUGGUCCAGGGGCUUUUAGGUAAUCUCACCUUGAGCCAGACCUUAACAAAUGUGGUGAUACCCUCAUUCGACAUCAAGCGCCUGCAGCCAGUUAUCUUCACCACCAAAGAUGGUAAAUCAGUUGUUUCCAAAAAUGCCCUUUUGUCUGACGUGUGCUUGGGCACGUCAGCUGCCCCGACUUAUCUGCCACCUCACUAUUUCGAGAUCAGAGAUGGUCGCGGUCAAGUUCGAACCUUUGACCUUAUUGAUGGAGGGGUUGCUGCUAACAAUCCCACCCUUGUGGCCUUAACCCACAUUUCAAAACAAAUCCUUGUGGGAGAUUUUGAAUUGGAGGGCAUGCAGCCGAUGGACAGCGAGCGCAUGUUGGUGCUGUCGUUGGGCACCGGUGUGGCCAAGCAGGAACAGAAAUACAGCGCACGAGAGGCCGCCGGGUGGGGCUCCCUCUCGUGGAUCUUCAAUGGAGGCUCGACCCCCGUCAUCGACGUGUUCAGUGAUGCCAGCUCAGACAUGGUCGACAUUCACGUCUCCACCAUUUUUCAGUCGUUACGCAAUGAUCAUAACUACCUUCGUAUCCAGGAUGACACGUUGUCUGGGGAUGCGUCGUCGGUUGAUGUCUCGACUGUGAAGAACAUGCAGACGUUGGUACAAAUUGGGGAAGGGCUGCUUAAGAAACCGGUGAGCAGAGUGAACUUGGAUACGGGCCUGGCUGAGCCCGUUCAAGGGGGCGGCACAAAUGAAGAGGCUUUGGCCCGGUUUGCGAGGAUGCUUUCGGACGAGAGGAAGUUUCGCCUGGCGAAAUAG